GGACAAGAAGAUACCGGGACCCCAGAGCAACAGCAGCAGCAGCACUGGCGGCAUAUAGAUACGGCCACCUUCAGCAGCAGGUCCCAUAGAGCAGCCCACCAUGUCUCGCGAAUCAAAGGUCCUCUGCCUCUACGCAGGCGGCACCUUGGGCAUGAUCAAGCAUGGCUCCAGCGGAUACGCCCCCUUCCCAGGAUUCCUCACAGAGACGUUGCGCACCCAAACGCGCUUCCACGAUCCUCACGCUGACUCCAUCUUCUCCUGGAGCGAUACCACCGAGCGCUUCCAGCAGUGGUCCAACGCAUACAGCCAGAGUAGACCGCCCACUCGGCCCGCCUCACCCACAAGCGCAGCAACUUCAAGGGGAGCCUCGCCAGCUCCUUCACCCGGCCCAUCCUCUUCUCUCCUCACAAAUGGCCCUCCUUUCAGCAAGCCAAUCCAAGUCAGAUCUUCUGACCCGGAAGGGACCUCCACUCGCUAUGCUCUGUCACAGCAGAUCCUCCCUGAUGGAACCCUCUCCAUGCAACUUCCGUCCUUGGUCACUCCAAAGUCGAGUCACAAUGGGCAGCGCAUACGCUACACCGUCCUGGAGUACGACCCUCUCCUCGAUUCUUCCGAAAUGGGUCUGGAAGACUGGACAAGGAUGGCAAAGGACAUUGAGCUCAAUUACACAUCCUUCGAUGCAUUCGUUGUCCUACACGGGACGGACACUAUGAGCUACACGGCGUCGGCACUUUCCUUCCUACUCGAGAACCUAGGCAAGUCAGUAAUCGUCACUGGCGCACAGGUCCCUCUCAGCGAGCUCCGCAAUGAUGCCAUCGAAAAUGUUCUCGGCGCCCUCAUCCUCGCAUCGUCCUACAUCAUCCCCGAAGUCGGUCUCUUCUUCGCCUCGAAGCUGUACAGAGGCAAUCGAUCGAGCAAAGUCAGUAACAAUGCGCUCGCUGCCUUUGACUCGCCCAACAUGGCACCGCUGGCUCGAGUUGGCAUCGGAAUUGAUGUCGCUUGGCACCUAGUAGAGAGGCCGAGGACAGUCAAGCCGUUCCGGGCUCACGAGAGCAUGAGCGCAGACGUCGCUCUUCUCCGGCUCUUUCCUGGUAUGCCGACGCAUACCAUCAAACAUUUUCUGAAGUCCGGUCUGAGCGGCCUGUGUAUAGAAAGUUUCGGAGCUGGUAAUGCGCCCAGCAGACCCGAUCUACUAGAAGCCUUCAGGGAGGCGACGGAAGCAGGAAUGGUCAUCAUCAAUAUCACUCAAUGCCUUCAGGGCGAAGUCUCCGCAAUAUAUGCCGUAGGCAAGAAGCUGGCCGCGGUCAAUGUCGUGGCCGGUGGAGACAUGACGCCUGAGUGUGCCCUGACGAAGCUAGCAUAUCUGCUCUCGAAGCCCGAGCUCUCGAGACAGGAGGUGCGCGAGCUCAUGGGAAGGUCACUACGCGGCGAACUGACGGGCUCGUCUUCAUCGGCCAGCCUCGCAAGAGGUAGCUCUGCCAAUCGCAGAGCAACGACGACUGACAAAGCAGAUGGCGGUAGUCGAGCGCGGAUGUCCGACCUACUCGGCAGGAUUCUUGAGAGGCCUAACGAGACCAACGAGGAUGACUCUGGUGGUGACGAGACAGGGGAGGCUGGAUCGAAGACAGCGCUCGAGUCUUCCACCGAGGGGAAAGCCCUUGAACGGGAGAUCGCCAGCGCAGAGCGCGCCAUUCUACCAUAUCUCAUCCAUCGAGCGGCAGCAUCAGCGGACGUCGCCUCGCUCGAGUGGCACCUCUCCGCCCUCCCCCAGUUAGAAUCAGCGACCAUCUCUACUCCCUCCAUCCACAUUUCCACUCACGACGGUAGCAGACAGGAAGACGUCUCUCAGUCCUCAGCCACUCCUCAUCAGUCGUCUCACAGAACACCCUCUUCCUCUCGAAAGGGCGACCCACGCAACUCUCUCCCGCCCCUGGACUCGACCUACCCACUGCACGUAGCUUCCGCCUCGGGUCACGUUGCAUGCGUCGAGGCGCUACUGCAAGCGGGCUGCUCCGUCCAUUUGAGGGACUAUGGUGGCCGCAGUCCCCUCUUUCUCGCCGCUUCGGGCGGUCAUGUAGAAGUAGUCGCUGCACUGCGCGGUGCUGGAGCUCAUCUUGCUGCUGGAGAGGCUCCGGAUGGUGAAGGUGCAAGCGCAAUUAGUACAGAGAUCAGGGGUAGAAGUGGAAGUUCUGGUCGGGAAGAGAAGAAGAGGUCAAAGGAGGCUUGGGAGGUGGCGAUGGGAUAGAUUAGACUCGACUAGAUGAGAGAACAAACGUCAUCACUGUGGAACGUCACUAGGAAUGUAUAGUAUAAUGCCAAGGCCGCAAAAGGUACAAUAAGAGACAUCGACUCG